AUGGCGACGAUGCUGGCGGUGCGGCGCCGUGCGGUGUGCGCCCUGGCGCUCCUCGCGCUGCUCUGCGGCUGCUGCGCCCCCUCCGUCUGCGGCACGGCGACGGCGACUAAAGUGAAAGUUUUGUUGGAGGUGUCUUGUGCGGAUAGUGAGAAAAAGUUGCGUUGGCGCGUUGCCGGUGAGGAAACGUGGCAGAAGUGUUCAUUCGGUGUGGAGGAUGUGUUUGAAUUGAGUGGAAAGUACAGCAGCCCGGGUGAUUCCGUCUGCGCCUGGGCCGUGACUAUGUAUCCGGCGUCCGACCGCCAUCUUGGGUGCAGUGAAUCCGCAGCGGCGGACACUGUUGCCGUGACGCUGAGGUGCGGGACGGAUAGCCGCAGCGAAGUGUACAAGCGGUGGCUAAUCGCAAAUAAAAGUGCCGCCGACCAAAUUGCUGCUGCCGCGAGCAGCGAUCGACCCGGCACGCUAACGAGCUGCGCCACGCAAACGUCCAGUGGAGAUGCAAGCGAAGAGGAGGAGGAGGAGGAGGAUGAGGAGGAGGAGGAGGAGGAAGAAGAAGUACAGGAAGAAGGAGAGGAGAAAGAAGAAGCGCCAACUCAGUUAUCGCAGGGAGCAGACAAAGAGACAGGCGACGUGGCAGCACCUUCUAACCUCACGCCCAACUCCGACGCAGAGGAAGCAGAAGAGGCGGCGGAUGAAAAAGAAAAGAGGGAUGAGGAGGAAGGAGCGACAGAAGGCAGUGGCGGUGCAUUGGCGCCCCCACCGUUGGCAGCACCGGCUGCGGCCAGUGCUCCUCGCACAGGCGCAGCUGAGCAGGCCGUCGGUGCGCAAACGUCUGAGCAGCAACGAGGGCCCUCGCCUCCCGCGGACGGUGCAGCCACGGCGGCGCCGGUGGGUGACGCGACUCCGCGGAGUGGGCCCAUGGAUGACGGCCAGGCGCAGCAGACCCCUCCGUCGCACGCGCCAGAGGCCGUUGGCGGCGUGCCGUCUGCUUCCGCCGCGCCCACCGGCGAGACGCCAAACGCUGCCGCCGAAGGAAGUGGCGCAGACCCCCAAACUGCGGCGGACGUGGACGGCGGCCACGAGACAUCUCACAACGCCGCCACUGCACCCGCGGCUCAGGCGCCUGGGCAGCCAGGCACCCCGCCAACACGCGACGCU